UGAAUUUUCGUUUUAAAUAAACCAUGAUAAUGAUGUAACCUUUGACUAGAAAUUAAUAUAAUUUAUUUCACAAAACAAUUCAGUUCAAAAAAAUAACGACGAUGUAUCCACUAAUUAUUUACGAAAGCGGGUCAUAUAAUUUUAACUUUUAAUCGGAGAGAAUGCACUGCUGCACCAUGGCCUACAAACGAAGUGAUUUGCCUAAAUUAACCAUACAGCAAAAGAUAUUUUACGAGGAAAAUGGGUUCUUGCUGAUAGAGAAGAAUGUAGGUGACGAAUUGAUCGAUGAACUCAGGCAAAGGUUUCUGGAUAUUUGCAACGGUAACGCAGCAGACAAACAAGUUUUUAUAACUAUGAAAGAUCCAUCUUUAAAAAAUACAGGAGUAAAAGGAGAAUAUUUAAUAAAUAAGCUUCAAGAUUUCGCUUAUGACAAAAUCUUAUGGAAAUACAUCUCAGAACCCAGCGUAGUCGAUAUUGUGGAAGCCUUAAUCGGGCCCAACAUAACAGCCGUACACUCCAUGCUUAUAAACAAGCCUCCCAAUGCUAAACCAGAGGCGUCCCUGCACCCUGUACAUCAAGACUUACAUUACUUUCCAUUUAGACCAGCUGAUAAGAUUAUAGCGUCAUGGACGGCCAUGGAGAGGGUUGACGAGAGCAAUGGAUGUCUUCACGUGGUGCCCGGAUCGCAUAGAGGACCUUUGUAUAGUCAUUCAUAUCCAGAUGAAUUCAAAAAUAUACUCUACCACGGCAUUAAAGAAACGGAUAAUAGACAAAAACAUUACGUUAUAAUGGAAAGAGGCGACACGCUAUUCUUUCAUCCUCUUUUGCUCCAUGGCUCUGGACCAAACCGAACACAGGGAUUCAGAAAGGCCAUAUCUUGCCAUUACGCAGAUAGUAAUUGCGAGUUUAUCGAUGUAAGAGGAACGAGUCAGGAAAAUAUCGCCACGGAAGUCGAACAGAUGGCGGUAAAGUUGUUGGGUGCCGAUGUUAGGCUGAACAUCCAGGUAAAAGCAAAAUUCAAAUGUCAAUUAAGUUUUAAUUUGUACAAUUUUAAGGAUAUUUGGAAGAACAAAAGUCGUCUGGUGCGUGGCAAACCGGGAAAUUUCCAAUCGUUUAACAGCCAUUUGUGAAUAAAAAAACGACCUAUGAAAUCUGAUCCGAUUUUAAUAUCUACACUACCUUUAUGUACAUUUUAAUUAUAAUAUACAACUGUUUAUUUCUUAA